UUACCGGCGCGACGACAAGAAACGAAUUAAGCCGGCAUUUUUUGUUAAUUUUCUUAACAAUUAGUGCAAUUGAAAUUGUGUUUUUUGCAAAAGAAAAGUGCACAACUGUUUGCUAAACUCGCGCAAAUCUGGAUGCAUGCUGGGAUGAGAUGAUUGCCGUCGCAGAGCCGCCACUGGAAUUCAUUCCUCGCGGUCGUCAGGCGGCAGAGGAUCAUCCAGGACCCAGCGUACCGCCGCUGCCCAAAUAUUUGCCCGCCGAGCACUUGCUGCUGCAGCGUCUGCAGAACGUCAACAUCUCCGCGUCGGCCACGAACACCGCCGACGAGCAGCCGUCUCAAGAGUUUUGGUGCAUACGCGAAAUUUACGAUGACUACGAGUCCAGUUAUGCGCGUGCCCAGCGUCGCCAGCAGCUGAUUGAGCAGACCAAGAAAUGUGGACCCAAUGCGGCAGCAGCCACGCAGUUGACAUCACUGCCGCCGCAGCUAUUGAAUCCGGUGCAGCAGCCACACGACGAACCAAUGUGCGAUUACAUUGUGAACAACGAGGAGGAGCUGUAUGUGAACAAGAAUACGGUGAUUUGGACGCAAGGUUUGUACGAUGCCGAGGAUGAUGGCGGCGGCGUUCACAGGCGCAUGUGCUUCACCUGCGACACACCGGUGAAGUUCGCCUGCUUCCUCAAUCGUCGCUUUGUCCGCGGUCGCUUGGCUCAGUUGAGCGCCUCGAUGGCCAGUGAUGAUGACAAUCUAACGGCCAUUUGUGUGGUGGAACAGGAUGCGUUGCGUGUGUAUUGCGACAAUGGCGAAGACUUUGUGGCCAAUCUCGAUUUCCCCAUCUCGCAUCUGUGGCAAACUGUUCAUGGCUUGCUGCUGGAGAAGGAUUCGAGUAAUGCACUUGUUUCGCAUCUUUCGAUUCCCAUGCCACGUCUGUUCUCCAUGUCGCAUCCGUUGCACGAAGCUUGUCCGGUUGUGCUGAAGACCGCAACGAAUUCCACGGGCUACAUGACCGAGCCGGAAUACAGCGUUGUCUUCACCGCCGAGGAUUCCGAUUUGGUUUUGUUGUACGAUGCCAAGUUCUUUAAGCAUUUCGUAGCGCGUCUGCGCAAAGUAACGCCCGAGGAGGUCAACAAUGUGAGUCAACAACAACAGCAGCAACAGGAUCUGCUCAUGCAUCAGACGCUGCAGGGACAUCGCGGCACGCUCGGAUCCAGCACCAUUCACAGCUUCAGUUCCACCAAGAACACGGGAGCCACACCCAAGCAGAACACCACCUCGUUUGCCAUGCCGCAGACACACAACUUCUCCAAGUUCGGCAUGAGUCAAUCGCAAUCCUUCAGCGGUGUGUUGGGCCAAUCCAAUCGCGCCUCGUUGGGCACACCGUUGAGCCAUCUGCAGAACAGCAUUAGCCAGCAAUCGUUGUCUAUCAAGGAUAUGCGCAAAAUGACCCACGUGAAGCCGUCCAAACCGAUUGAGCCAGAAAUGUGCCUAGAGCACAUCUGGACGGAGAACACCUAUGGCACUCAACGCGAAUUCUGCGAAAUGGCAACGCGUGCUUUCAUUCACACCGAUCUCGUGGGCCAGACGUAUCUCUGCUAUUUGCUCGCCCGCUCCUGUCGCCUGCAGAUGGUGCUGCUCAAUGGCUACAACACCAGCGAACUGCAGCUCUCAACGUUGGCCUCCACGCUGCCGGCCAAAGACGCGGUCGGAUUGCAGCGUUUGCAUAUGAUUGCUGUGCUCGAUCCCGGUGGCAAUUUAAUACUUUACACCGGCACCGUGCUCAUCUCCAAGGUGCACAUAACACCGCUGCUCUCGGCACCGACAACAGCAGGAGCGUCAUCAUCAGCAGCAGCAGCAGCAGCUCCAUCAGCAGCAACGUCAUCAGCGAUGCCCGCACCAACAACAACGGGGGCUUCAUCGCAACCGCAUACGCCGUUGCAACAGUUGAAGGUGGCCAGCAGCUCGUCAUUUGUGGAGGUGCGACGCAGCAGUCUGUUGCCCACCAAGGCGGCAGCCGAUCUGAGCGCCUUCGACGAUGAGCUGGAGCUGCACAUGCUGUCGCCAAUUCAACCCCAACCGUUGUCCUAUUCGCAGCGACAGGCGCACAACAUUUGCAAAGCACUCCGCGAUCCUGCGGGCAAUCGUUUGACCCUCGUCUAUGCCACCGGACGAAUGCUGCGCAUCACGUUGCCGCUUCUGAAUGACACGCGGUUGAUCACACGCUGUGUGGCUGCACUGCGUCAGGUGCUGAAUCCCACACAGUUUCUCCACUUUGUCAUUCGCUGGUACAGCGCUCGGAAUCCUCCCGGUUCCCGGGACUAUAGCAUCGAGCAGGAGUGGCAAUUGUUUCGCAGCACUUUGCUCGGUUUGAUGGGUUGCAUGGCGGCAGCGAGUGAGCAGCAUGUCGUCGAUGUCGAUGAAUCGUUUGCUCGCUGUGCAACGCCACCGUUUCAACCGGCCACCGUCUGUCCAUCGACUCUGCCCCAGGAUGAGCCGAAGAAGCGACGCAAGUACAACGAUUGCGAGGCGUACACCGAUGAUGAUUGGGAGUUCCUUCUGAUGCACACCACUUUGGCGCCGUGUGGCGGAGAUGGUGCCUACAGCGUGGAUGUUACGGCGCCGCUGUUUCGCACUCUGCCGGCUGUCUUUUACGGCUUGCAUCUGCUCUACGAGGAUCUCAAACUGGAUUCAGUCUUUAACAGCGGUCUCAUCUAUCUCGGCACGUUCCUGCAUCAGCUGGCAAUUGAUAUGCAGCUGGACAGCUAUAUAUUCCACUACCAACUGGACUUCCCUGAGCUGACGCACAAGACAACGAAGCUCACGCUGCUCAGCUCGGAGCACGGAGCACUGAUGCUCUACCAGGAGCUGUUGCGCAUGCCGGCGCCCAGCAUCUAUGCUCAACUGGAGCACGUUGUGCUCGGUCGCGAGGAAGUCGUGCCCUACAACUAUGUGGAGUGCAUCAACGAGCGGAGUCGCAAUGUGGUGCAACUCGUGUCGCUGGUGAUGCACGGCCACACGAAGCUCAAGCACUGGUGGCAACUGCUCGAAGUGUACGGCGCAGUGCAACUCAACUAUCCGAAGCGUGGCAAGCGGAGCAUAACAGCGACCUCACCACGCUGCCAUCAGCUGUUGGAGCUGCUGCUGUGCAUGCAACUCACGCGACGCGACAUCGAACGUCUGCCGGCUGCGGUGCAUUUGAUUGUGGCCGAGACUCUGGAGCAGGCGCGUCUCCAGCCGCCGAUGGGAUGCAGUCAGGCGACCUACGAGUUGAUUCUGCGACCCGAGCUGGCGGCGCAUGCUCAGCUGCCGUUCCUUGAGGCGACGAUGGCGCAACCGCAUUGCGGACGGGUGUACAAAGAGGAUUCGCUGUCGCCACGCUUGACGCCCGCCAGCGGCGAGUGGCCGAUGGCCGAACCGGAUGCGGAGCAGUUGCGACACGAUGGCAUGGACAACAUGGAUACGAAACUGUUGCGUCUCCGCUUUCCCGACGACAUGCGCGUCGAGGAAGUGCGUCGACUGUUGAACAGCGCCGAUCCGGUGGCCAUCGAGGUGCAACAGUCGCCGGGGACCAGUGAUCACGAGUUCAUCGAGGAGCAGGAGAAGCAACUCUUUGCGCUCUGCGCUCGCACCAUGACGCUGCCCCUGGGUCGGGGCAUGUUCACGCUGCGCACACUGUUGCCGCGUCCCAGCGAUCACAUGCCCAUGCCUAAGUUGUGUCUGGUGGGUCGGGAGCCCGUUAAGGGCACCACGAUUGAGAUGCAACAGAUUGAGUUCCCAGCGAAUAUGCACAUGUGGCCAUUGUUUCACAAUGGCGUCGCCACCGGGUUGAAGAUCUCGCCGCAGGCUCUCGACAUUGACUCCACAUGGAUUGUGUACAACAAGCCGAAGACGCAGGGCAACAAUGCCCUCGAGCAUGCCGGCUUCCUGAUGGCCCUCGGCUUGAAUGGUCACCUCAAGUCGCUGUCGUUCAUGAGCGUCUACAAGUAUCUGGUGAAGUGCGAUGAGAUGACCAGCGUCGGUCUGCUGCUGGGCAUUUCGGCAGCCCAUCGCGGCAGCAUGGACACCAAGACCACCCGAUUGCUGAGCGUCCACUUGGAAGCCCUUUUGCCCGCCACCGCCAUGGAGCUGGACAUACCCCAGAGCACCCAAGUGGCGGCCCUGAUGGGCAUUGGUCUCCUGUAUCAGGGUUCGGCGAAGCGGCACAUUGCCGAAGUCCUGCUGCAGGAGAUCGGACGACCGCCGGGACCCGAGAUGGAGAACAGCGUGGAGCGUGAAUCGUAUGCCAUGACAGCGGGCUUGGCCCUUGGUUUAGUCACCCUCGGUCAGGGCGAGGCGCCGGCGGGCUUACGGGAUCUCCAGCUGCCGGAUACGCUGCACUAUUAUAUGGUCGGUGGUGUGAAGCGGCCCAUUGGUGGCUCCCAGAAGGAGAAGUAUCGCUUGGCCUCGUUCCAGGUGCGUGAGGGCGACAACGUGAACAUUGAUGUCACUGCUCCUGGCGCCACUUUGGCGCUCGGACUCAUGUUCUUUGACUCGGGCAAUGUGGCGAUUGCCGAGUGGAUGCAGCCGCCGGAUUCGCGUUAUCUGUUGGACAUGGUGCGUCCAGAUUUUCUGCUCUUGCGCACCAUUGCACGUGGUCUGAUCCUGUGGCAGGAUGUGCAGCCUACCAACGAAUGGUUCCAGGCGCAGUUUCCCCAAGCUCUGCGCGCUCAUCUGCGUUUGCCAUCGCGUGACGAUGAACAGUCUGAUGACAAUGACAUCGACUACGAGGCCAUCACUCAAGCGUAUUGCAAUAUUCUGGCUGGCGCCGCCUUUUGCAUUGGCCUCAAAUACGCUGGCACCGAGAAUCCCGUCGCCUUUACCACCUUGCGCACCGUGAUCAAGGAGUUCCUCGGCUUCCCCGGCACACCGAUGGGCGAAUGCGCCGGACGCACAACCGUCGAAAGCUGCUUGAUGGUCCUCCUCAUCUCCAUUUCGCUGGUCUUUGCCGGCUCCGGCAAUUGUGAAAUCCUUCGCAUCAUACGCUAUUUACGCUCACGCGUCGGUCCACAAUAUCCGCACAUUACCUAUGGCUCCCACAUGGCAAUACACAUGUCACUAGGUCUGCUAUUCUUGGGUGCUGGUCGCUUUACCAUCGCCAAGACGCCAGAAUCGAUUGCGGCUCUGGUUUGUGCCUUCUUUCCAAAGUUUCCCAUACACAGCAACGACAAUCGUUAUCAUCUGCAGGCGCUGCGUCAUCUGUAUGUGCUGGCCGUGGAGCCGCGACUCUUUCUGCCCCGCGACAUUGACACCCAUCAGCUGUGCCUGUGCAACAUCUCGGUGCUGGAGGUGGGCGCCACAGAGUUGCGCCGUCUCCCCAUUGCGCCCUGCAUUCUCCCCGAACUGAGCACGUUGCAGCGAGUGAUUGUCGACGAUGAGAACUAUUGGCCGGUGUGCUUUGAGCGUUCACGCAACUGGCAUCAGCUGGAGAAGGCGCUGGAACUGUGUGCGCCCAUUGACAUUAAGAAGCGGACCGGUUGCCUGUCGCAUCUGGAGGAUCCGGAUCGUUUGAAGAGCAUGCUGGCCCAAACGCUGACCACCGAGCAGAGCAUUUGCUGGCAGGUUAACGUGAAUGAUUUGCAGCAGUUUGCCAGCGAACGUUUGGUCAAGCCGUUCCUCAGCCGAUUCCUCCAAACGCAGGGCACAACGCUCAGCGUGUCCGAGCAGACCAAGCGGCAUCAGUUGAUGCUGCUCUUCUACAACGCUGUGGUCAAGGAUCGCAUGCAUCUGCUGCCCGUCUACCUGACGCUCUACGAUCAUGUCACGCGACAGAUGGCGAACAACAAUGAUGUGUGGCAGGUGAAGCUGAUCGACGCCUAUUUGGGCAAAAGUCCCAAUGAGCAUACGCUCAUCUCGGUGGAACUCAUACAGAUGAUGCAGGAAUUGUUCAAGAUGCAACUGGAGGCAUCCACGCGAGAGCUGUGUGUUCCGUUGCGCGAAUUCCUAUGCCAGAAGCGUUUGGAGCCGAGCUAUGUGGCGUGCAUCAAUGCCCACGAUUUGCAGCGUGUGUAUUGUGUUAUCAACUAUUACAAUCUGUUGCCGAAUCUGUUGAAUGGCGUCGAUAUGAGCAAUGGACCGAUUAAUUAUUUGCGCAUUAUGUUCGAGUUCCAGCAAUUGAAUCUCAGUCCUCACACGAUUUUUGGUUUGCUGAAAAUAUUUCAAUCGUUGCGGUGCGCCUUUAAUUUGGAAUAGUGUUAUCGAUAUUUAACGGCAACGAUUACGAUUGCAGCUGGAAAUUGUUUUGCCAUCGAUGUGUUACAGCUUAAAUUUAUUUCUUGUUAUCGAUUGCGAGAUGAUGUGCUUUGCAAACAAACGCUGAGAUUCAACAGUUCAAAACACUCUUUUUUCCAUUAAAUGAAUAUAUGAAAUAUAUAUAAAAAUAAAAAACACUUUAAUUUUGAAUAUAAAGGAACAUAUUCGAUAUACAUGCGUUUCACAACACUUUUAAAUUGUCGCUCAGCAAUCGAACUCUGAGAUUCAACAGUUCAAAACACUCUUUUUUCCCAUUAAAUGAAUAUAUGAAAUAUAUAUAAAAAUAAAAAAAUACUUUAAUUUUGAAUAGUAAACAAAGGAACAUAUUCGAUAUACAUGCGCUUUACAACACUUUCAAAUUGUCGCUCUGCAAUCGAUGUGUGAUCUUACUUUUUUGUUAUCGAUUGUGCGCUUUGUAACGCUUUGGGCACUUUAAAGUUUGAACACUGCUUCAACAUUUUGAGUAAAUGUAUAAUUUAUAAUACGAUAUAUUAAGUCACUACAAAACAAAUUGGUUAUAAAAUCAAACUGGGACGCCAUACUGCAUAGCCUUCGACUACUUGUUGCUUCGUUGCUUUCGCCCUCCCUCCCACAAAAAAAAAUGCCAUCAAACAAUGCGCUGAUGUUCGGCGGCUGGUGGAAUUUCAGCAGUUUUAACGCCGCGACACCGCUGAUACAGAUAGAUGCCCAGCAGCGGCAUUGGCGUCAUUAUGGCCACCGCCACCGGCACCACAGUGGUAAGAUCCGCCUGCGGCUGUGGCAACGUGGUGCGCAACAAGAAGAUCGCGGUGCCCGUGUUCUGAAUGCCCGUCUCAAUGGCAAUGGCCAAGGCAUCGGCGGGAUUCUGAUGCAACAGCUUAGCCGCCAGCCAGGCAAUGCCAUAGCCCAGACCCGGCAGCGCGAGACCCGCCACAGCAAUCUAAGUAAGUGGACAAAGAAUGUAUAAAGUAAACCAAAUGAUUUGUUCAUCAACUCACCUGCCACGAGAACAGCUCAAAGAUGUAAAAGUUCGUGAUGAUGGCAAACACCACAAUGAAGAUGAUGAGACCACCCGAAAUGGGCUUGAGCAGACGCACCAGGAUCUGAGCCAAACGUGGCCACCAACGCUGAAUGGCCAGACCAAUGAAGAGCGGUAUAAUGAGGCCAGCACAAUAUCCGGCAAUCUUGUCAUACGGCACCUUGAUGCCAGCACGAUCAAAGAUCAAGGCGCCCAGUGUAAAUGUCCAGAACGGCAUCGAGCCGAAGGCACCAAAGUUGGAGAUCGUUGUCAUCAGCACGGACAGAUUAAUGUUGCCACCCAGCACAGCGGUCCAGGUGUUAGAGGCGCCACCACUGGGCGCAAUUCCCGUAAAGAACAGACCCAACUGCAUGGCCGGUGAAUCGGGAAAGAUGAACACACCCAGAGCAUAGCUGAGCAACGGCAUGCCCAAUGUUUGGGUGAUCAGAAAGAUGCUCGGUCCGAUUGGACGUGUUAUCAGGCCACGCAGCACACUCACAUUGAGAGCGGCGCCGAAAUUGAUGUAGAGCAGCGACAUCAGCAGGAUGACCGAACCGAGGAACACAUGAUCGAUGACACGCUGCGAUCGCACCACUUGCGCCAACAGUGAGCUGCCCUUUUGGGCCGCAUUCGCUGGCGGCGAACUGUUCCCAAAGAGCGCAUCGUGCAGCUGCACUGUGAUCACAGCCUCGCCCAGAAAAUGCGCCUCGAUGCGUAUGCGUCCGCUCCACUCGCUGGCCGUAUCCGGUAUUUGAUCAACGGGUAUCGUCGCAUUCGCCGCCAGCACUGUGGCCAAGUGUUCGCUGUUG